ACCGAUCACAAUGAGUCAGUCCGUUCGUCCAAAAUCUUGUGCAAAAACCUAUAAAACUGCUGAGCUGAAAGUGUUAAAGAUCCUCAGUAAAAUUGAUAGUUUGAAAUUGAGUAGUUCAUACAUAAGUCAGCUUGAUAUCCCCAAAAGUAGUGAAAGUAAUGUUUUGCGGCGAAAAUCAACGGUUUAUGUAUCGCUAGCAGCAGUCCUUGUUGGUGUGAUGCUACUCAGUGCACGAUGGGUUCAUAAAGAACUUCUUGGAAAUAGAAACUGCAUCUUGGAAUUGCCAUCAUUCUCGAAAUCAGUUUUCCGUCCACCGGAAGAUUGCUCUAUGUGUGCGGGAGUUGAUGACGUAGUGCGGAUCGCAAACACUACAGCUGAGGAAUUUGAAGAAAAGUACGCGUAUAGCACCACUCCGGUUAUAGUCACCGAUGCCACAAACGGAUGGAGAGCAUUAGAGGAAUUCGAUUUCAAGUUCUUUGCUGACUUCUAUCGCGACGGCAAAAGCAUGGGAAAGCAAAUCAAUGACUGCUUCUACUUCGCUUACAAAUCAGGUCUGAACUCGCUUAACGAAGUGUUCAGUAUGGAUGAAACGAGGGCCAACCUGUCUGGCAAGCCGUGGUACGUAGGUUGGAGCACAUGCUACGAUGAGGAGACCAGAAAACUACGGACCUUCUACAAUCGCCCGUACUUUUUGCCAAAGACGGCUGAGAGUGAUAUGGUGGACUGGAUCUUCAUGGGAGGUCCGGGUCAAGGCGCGCAUAUGCACGUGGACUCAGUGAAGCACAUGUCGUGGCAGGCGCAGGUGCGCGGCCACAAGCAGUGGCAGCUGGCGCCGCCGCCCGAGUGCCUCUACCAGUGUCGGUGGAUCACCUUCACUGUAGCGCCCUCCGAAAUCUUGGUGGUGGACACGAAUAGAUGGUAUCACAAGACAAACGUGCUUCCCGGCGACAUCAGCAUUACUAUUGGCGCUGAAUACGACUAAACAUGUGGAAACUGAAUCUGUUGUAACCGUUACGAUACCAGUAUUUUCAAAUUACUCUUUCCGUAGAUUUAAAAUGAAACAAAAAUAUGUAAUGCUACUAAAACCUUUAAUCAUCACCGUAAAUCUACAUGCUACGUGACACUCAGCGAGGUUCUAACUUGAAACAUUGACUGGAAUGACAAUCAGUAAUAAUACAGAGAGCGUCUGACACA